GUAACUUUCAUUUCUGUAUAGUUAAAAUAUACAAUAGGUUUAACAAGGUGCUUUUAAAGUGUUCUAAAACGAUGGAGUUUUGUAUGCAUUAUGAACCAAAACCGUCUGUUAAAAGCAUACAUGGUCCAACCACAUUCGAAGAGGCAAUAGAAAAAACUUCUUUUGGAAAAUUUAAUAUUUUGCUUAUAAUAGCAACAAUAUGUGGAAUAUUUGCUCCAAUAUUUGAAACUACUACGAUGUCUUAUAUUUUUGCACCCGCACAAUGUGAUUUAAAUCUAUCCUUACAAGAUAAAGGUUAUCUUAAUUGCAUAGCUUUCGCAGGAAUGAUUUCAACAUCAUUUGUAUGGGGUUUUCUUUUGGAUACAUUUGGUAGGAGAAAAUUUAUGAUAUAUGGAUAUUUUUUGGAUGCAAUUGUUGUUUUUCUAAGUUCCUGUUCACAAAGUAUUGAAAUGUUGAUGCUUAGCAAGUUUCUUGGGGGUGUUAUUAUUAACGGGCCUUUUGCUGCGAUGACUACUUAUUUGGGUGAAUUCCACUCAGCUCAAUACAGGUCUAAAAUACAAUUGGUCAAAGGAGCACUAGUGUCCGUGGGCCAACUAGUAUUACCAUUAUUAGCAUGGGGAAUUGUGCCGUUACCGGUUGACUGGUCACUUUUUAAUGGACUAAUUCACUUUCAUUCUUGGAAUUUAUACCUGUUUGUUUGCGGACUAUUUCCACUUGCCAGUGCUGUGAUAUUUUGUUUUCUUCCCGAAAGUCCAAAAUUUUUAAUGACUAUUGGAGAAAAUGAGAAAGCCAUGAAAGUACUUCAAAAAGUUUAUAGCAUUAAUACUGGAAAACGACCAGAAACGUACCCGGUAAAAGAAUUAUUACAAGAGACUGAUGAAUCGCACAAAAAUAGAUCUAUAAAAUAUGCCAUGACCGAAGAAUUUUCAAAUUUAUUUCCCCUUUUUAAAGCUCCUUAUUUUUCUAAAUUUGCACUGCUCUGUACAGUGCAAUUUAUGGUAGUUCAAAGUAUGAACGUGUUAAGGUUAUGGAGUCCCCAGUUGUUUCAAGCUAUAGAAGAUUAUAAAGUUGAUAAUAAUGGAACCACUGCAGAUCUAUGUUCCAUGAUGGAUACUCUUAAACCUAAAAUCGCUAGUAGUUGUACAACGAAUGUAGGAAACCCAGGAGUUUAUAUAAAUUCAAUUAUCGUAUCGACCUCAGCCAUAGCGGGAUAUUUUGUCACAAUAAGUGUUAUUAAUCUUUUGGGAAAGAAACCAGUUAUAGUCUCCUAUGCUCUCACAUCUGGAAUUUGUAGUAUGGCACUCUAUUUUUCGCAAAGCGUGGAAGUGACAACAUUCCUGAUUGCGGUUUUUAUAGCCCUUGGCAACAUAGUAUCAAAUGUACUACAAUCAGUUGUAGUAGAUCAUUUUCCAACAAAUCUAAGGGCUUUUACAGUAUCUUUAGUAAUGGGAUUUGCACGAAUUGGAGCCCUCACUGGUAACAUAGGAUUUCCGUUUCUUGUGAGUUUGGGAUGUGCACCUCCGUUCUUUGUUGUAGGAGGUAUUAUGGCAGUUGGAAGUCUUUGUUCAAUACUAUUACCAAAAACAGAUAACAAAGCUCUGAUAUAGGUAAAACAGUUUUCAUGAAUAACCAACCAAUCGUUGAAGAACAUAAUAAACAGAAUUGCUCUCUUAAUAUAUCAAAAGAGAAAAAUAGAUAUUGAUAUGUACAUGGCAAGCUUUACAAGACUUGCAAGUUAUAUUGGCUUGCAGAAGAAAUUGUAGCAGUGUGACGGAAAUUUAUUAUGCAUUAAAAAAGGUAUUUUAAGAUAUAUUUACCACGUAGUAAACAACUAAACUGUACUGUACAAUAAAAUAUUACCAAUUGAA